AUGAAGAGAGCCUCCAGACCGCUUUCUGCGCGAAAUGUCGACAGCUUCCUAGAUGAUACCUUUUUCUUCUGCCCCUCUUGCACGACAUGGCGCACGUCGAGGCCUCUGCGAAUCCGACGAACAGCCAGCACCAGCACCAGCACCAGCCCCAGCGCCCGUCGUUCCGCCUCGACUCUCACCUCCACCACGGCCGUUAAUGGCAGGAUACCGAUCCCGCCUCGGUACAAGCCUCUGUACGAUGCGCUUGUCGGCGUGCAAAAGAGAGCCUCGGCGCAGGUGAAUCUGAGUAGAUUGCAACUCGCGCUGCAGGGGCUCGAGUCCGACACACCCGUGACGAGGGUCGCGGUCUUAGGGCUGAAUGUGCAAGACACGGCGAGGAGGCUCGUGAGGUUACUGCUCGCCGACGCGCUGGAGGGGGAAGGAGGAUGGGAGAAAGAGCUAGUACCAUCACAAUCACAAUCACAAUCACAGGCAGGGUCAGAACAGGGGACUGAGGACUACAGUCGAGGGUUGAUGAUUCGGUACGGGCACCCACGCAAUUCGAACCUACCACGGCCCAAGACGAGCAUUCCGGUUCUGUAUGUGCCUUCAACGGUCCUGGACCGCAACAACGUCGAGAUUCUGGUGUCGAGCAUCAGUAGUCCGCGGACUGGUGAACUUCUGCAGGCCGCCAGGACGGUGGCCUCGGACGCGUUCUUGUCGCCGUCGAUCGGGACGCCUACGGCCGCGACGGGCAGACAAGUGACGAUCGCGCAGCCCGUUCACAGCUCCUUGGUGGUGACCAGGGGACUGGACGAGCUGAUGCUGGCGGCGGAGUUGCUGGCAUCUACAAAGUUCACGGCACCGGAAGACCGAGAGUCUGUUCGCUUGGUCGUGAACUUGGAGGAGACCAAGGACAAAAACGCCGGACAAGUCUUCGUGGUGGAUGUAAGGAAGGCUGAAGAGGGGCUUGCUGCGAUCCGGAGGUCGAUAGGAGAAGCCACUGAUUACGAGCACAAAUGGGUGGACUCGGGCAUGCCAUCUCUAUCGAGCUGGCUUACAAUGGCUUCGGCGGCACGAUCAGAGGGACAAAUUCCGCCACCUGUACAACGGUUGAUAUCUUCUUUGCUGACAGCCGCGACUACCAAUCUACAAGCUCAAGCUGCUCUAGAAGCACAGACGAAUGCAGCCGGAGCACUGAGUCCCGCCAGCCGAGCAAAUCUCGAGGACGCCGUGGAAGAGUUCUCCCGCAACGCCCAUCAAGAGCUCCAAUCUGGAUUGGCCUCGGCUUGGGACUCACGGAAUUGGCGAAAGCUCGCAUGGUACAAACUGUUCUGGCGCGUCGACGAUGUAGGCCUGAUCAUCGCAGACCUGGUCACCAAUGCCUGGCUGCCGCGCACAGAACGGGCCGUCUAUGAGCUAUCUGGUCGACUGUCUCAGGCGGGCAUUUCGCCAAUGGAGUCACAACCGGCCCCACCGACUUUGACAGCAUCAGAACCAGCGGGGCGUAAGAAGAACGAAGUUGAGCCGGUCCUGCAAGCUCAAGCCUACGUUGCAACAGAGCCUCCAGUGCAGCCAGUACUGGUGAAUACCACUGGGACGACCGAGGUUAAAAUGGCUCCGAUCCCCCGACCACUUCCUUUAUCAUCGUCCAUAUCCCGGACACGGUCCGAGCAUAUGGCUCGCGCGAUUGCAGAGUUGACCAGCACCGCCCAGCAAAUCGUGCUCAAGACCGCUUCGCUCGCAGGGCUUUCGGGUGGCCUGUCGGUCCUGACUUACCUCUCCAUCACACCGGGAAGCAUGUACGAAGCCGGCACAAUAGCCGCGCUGGGCGUCACCUAUGCGCUGUGGCGUAUGCAAGGUGACUGGCAGAAGGCCACAAAGUGGCUCGAGGAUUCCUUGUACGAGGAAGGCAGGACCGUGAUCAAGGGCAUCGUCAGGAGGAUGAGGGAGCUGAUUGAGAACAGCAGUCGCGUCGUUGAGGAUGAGGUCGAAGUACAGAGUCGACGGCAGGCAGAGGACGCAGUAAUGAGGGCCAAAGACGAGCUACACCGACUGCAGAAGUAG